AUGGAACGUUCCAAUCACAACCUGCCCCCUAGUCGUGACCAGAUCUGGCGAGAUAUGGUCACUAUCGAAGGUGGUGACCCUUCUAUAAGGGAAGGAGAAGGUUUUGCAAUUGGGGGAGAAGGGAGAGGAGGGGAGGGAGGAGAAGGAAGGAGGAAGGGGGUGGUAACGGGGGUUGGUAGUAGUGGUGGUGUUAGAUGCAAAACUGUAAAUGCAACUUGCCAUGCAAGUGAGAAACAAGCACUUAUGGACUUCAAGAAAGACUUGAAAGAUCCCUAUGGUAGACUCUCGUCUUGGAUUCACGACGUUGAUUGCUGCAAAUGGAAAGGAGUUGUUUGUAGCAACCGAAGUGGCCGCGUGAUUCAACUUCACCUCCAGAGUCCUGCCAAUGAUGAGGUGUUUGCUGAUCCUAAAUCACCAUUAAGCGGCAAUAUCAGUCAUUCGUUGCAAAAUUUGACUCACUUGUGUUACCUUGAUCUAAGUCUAAAUAAUUUCAGUGGAAUUCCAAUUCCCAGUUUUUUUGGCUCUCUCAGAAGUCUAAGCUCCUCUUUACCAAGUGAAGUAUUCACAUUGAAGGACUUGAUUUCACUUGAUACAAGCAAUAAUCACUUAAAUGGUCCAAUUCCAAGCACAAUUGGCAACUGUACCAAGCUUAAACAACUUUUCCUAAACCAUAAUGCUCUAUCUGGUUCAAUUCCUUCAAAUUUAGGAAAGCUGUCAUCCUUGGAGAACUGGGAUGUAUCUCACAACAAACUCACUGGAACUCUUCCUGAAAGUCUUUGGCAGCUUUCCAAACUUGAAGUGCUUUGUAUUUACAACAAUUUAAUGGAAGGCAUUGUGAGUGAGAGUCAGCUAGACAAUCUGACAUCUUUAACAUUUUUUGAUCCAUCUGAAAACUCUUUCACCUUAAAAGUGAGUGCAAAUUGGACUCCUCGUGCCCAAUUUAACAUACUUGGAUUGAGUUCAUGGAAGCUGGGUCCCCAAUUUCCUACUUGGAUCCAGUCUCAAAAAAUCCUUCGGAAUUUGAACUUGUCAUUCACAGGAAUUUCAGAUACUAUUCCAACUUGGCUAUUCAACCCAUCAUUGGAUUCCGUAGACCUUUCUCGCAAUCAACUUCAUGAUAAGAGUUCAAUGAUCUCUGAAAUUGUUAAAGGUUUAUAUGUGCAUUCUAGUCAAACAUAUUCAAUGGCCUACUCACAUUGA